GCGGGGCCCUGGGGGAGGACUAUCCCAUGCCAGGACUUGUGGUCGCCUCAGCGGCAGUCCUACUGGAGGAAGUUGUGUGGGCUCUGCUGGAAAGGGGGGCUUGGGGGUUGAUGUAGCGGUGGUGGUGGUAGAGCAGCAAGCAGAGGCAGCAACAGCACCAGCUCAGGGGAAGAGCAAAGUACUUCCAUUUUAGCACCGAUAGCGGGAGUGCAACUGAGCCAUAGGCUGUGGGAGAGAACAGUGUUCACAGGGAGUCGGGACAAAGUGAGCUUCACGGGAGUUGUCGAUGGGAUCGCGAGCACAUUCCAGCACGAGGAAAAUGAGUCCCCCAGCCUUUGGGCAAGCCUGUGUGACGGGCCGAGGCGCUCUUUGACUGUGGACUUUAUUGCAUCCCUCUCACUGUCUCCUGUGCUUGCCCCUCUCUUUACCACUGAUUGACAAAGGGAAUCAGUGAAAACACAAGGAAUCAAGACUUCUGCAUUCAGUGUGAAAAGGAAACCUCACGAGUUCAGAAUGGAGGAGGAGGGAUACGAGCUGGACCUGACCUACGUCACGGAGCGUAUCAUCGCCGUGUCCUUCCCCCGGGCCUGCUCGGAGGAGAUCUACGCACACAACCUGAAGGACGUGACGCGCAUGCUGAGGUCCAAGCACGCCGACAACUACCUGACUAUCAACCUGUCAGAGAGAAGAGCCGACCUGUCCAGAAUUAACUCUAAGACUCUGGACACGGGCUGGCCUGACUUGCACGCUCCGCCUCUGGAUAAGAUUUGCACCAUCUGCAAGGCCAUGGAGGGGUGGCUGAAUACUGACCCACUGCACGUGGUGGUAAUCCACUGUAGGGGCGGCAAGGGACGGAUUGGAGUGGUUAUUUCAUCGUUUAUCCACUUCACCGACAUAUCCGCCAGCGCCGACCAGGCCCUGGACCGCUUCGCCAUGAGGAAGUACUACGACGACAAGGUGUCCGCUCUGAUGACCCCCUCCCAGAAACGGUACGUGUGGAUCCUCAACAGCCUCCUGAGCGGGUCGAUGAAGAUCAACGCCUCGCCGCUCUUCCUCCAUUGCAUCAUUCUUCAUGGCCUCCCAAACUUUGACGCCAGCGGAGUGUGCCGUCCCUACCUGAAAGUGUACCAGGGAAUGCAAGCUGUCUACUCUUCAGGGGUCUAUCACAUCGGACCGGGCCACAGGGACCGACUGUGCAUUCCCCUGGAACCAGCACAGCUGCUGAAGGGAGACAUCAUGAUCAAAUGCUACCACAAGAGCGACGUGACGUCGGAGCGCGAGGCGGUCUUCCGCCUGCAGUUCCACACGGGAGCAGUGCAGGGCUACAGCUUGUCCUUCGACAAGGAAGACAUGGAGGCCGCCAACAAGGAUCCCAGAUUUCCGGAUUACGGCCGAGUGGAGCUGGUGUUCACAGAGGGCCCGGAGAGGAUCCCAGAUGCCGAUCGUUGGCACAACGGUGCCGAUGUCAUGGUGGACUACAACACCGCCGACCCUAUCCUGCGCUACUCGUACCAGGACAUCUGUGACGGAGAAGUGCCGCGCUCUCAGGGCUUAGGCCAGGACAGAGCAGCGCCCAAGAAGAGCCCCGUCGCGGCGGGGGCCACGCUGGGCCGAGGGGCCCGCACCACCUCCGCCGCCUCCAGCCCCGACCACAGCGACCACGCCCUCUCCGCCAGCAGCGACUCGGGCCUCUCCAGCACCUCCCUGUGGACGGACAGACCCGCGCCCGUCGCCAACAGCACCGGCACCGUCACCACCCCCACCCCCGCCGUCAGCAGCGCCCUCACCACCACCGCCCCCAAGCAGCCCGGCCAGGGGCCCAGCCGGCACGAGAAGGCCGAGCUCAACCGCCUGCUGAGCGGCUUCGGCCUGGAGGAACCCUCCCCGGAGGAGAUGGACGACCGCGGGCCCCGAGCGCCCGCGCUGCAGCAGAGGCUGCACCCCCUCCCGCCGGCGCUGCAGCGACCGCCCCCCGCCCACCAGGCGCACGUCAACGGAGACCCCGGGCCCGGGGAGCGGGAGACGGACAUCCUGGACGACGAGGUGAUGAUGACGGGCCACGACCUGCACAGCGUGGACAGCCUGGGCACGCUGUCGUCCUCCUUCCACAAGAGCAGCCAGAACUCACUUCUGUCCGACGGCUUCGGGAGUCCCGGGGCGGAGGAGCUUCAUCAGCAGACGCAGACGCAGACUCAGCUCCAGCAUCCGCCGCACCACCAACACCAGAACCAGCAGCAUAUCAUCCACCAGCACCACAACCACAACCAGGUUCACUACCCUGGGCCGGUCGUCGGGGACGACUACGAGACUAGGAGGGGCUUCCUGGCGAACCGUAGCAACUCGGUGGCGUCGGCGGCCCCCAGUGCUCUGGCGGCGGCGGCGGCGGCGGCGGCGGUUGCCCAGCAGCAGCAGCUCUUCAGGCAGGGCAGCUACUCGACGCACUCCUGGGUGCGGCAGCAGCAGAUGGUGGCCGCCCAGCAGUUCGGUUACGUGGGCGAGGACGCCGGAGGAGGCGGUGGGGGUGGUGGCGGAGGAGGGGGCGGCGACAACAACGGGCCGAGGUUCCUGGCAUGCAAGCCCGGGAGCAGCCCCCCUAAGCCGGUGGAGGAACCGGUCUUCCCGGGGAGGGACGCGACGGUCCAGAACCUCAAGGAGACCCCGACGACGACGAGCUCGACGGCGACGGCGACGGCGACGACGGAAACGGCGCCGGUCAUCGAAGACUGCCGGCCCGCCAUGAACAAUAACAACAACAACCGCUCGCGGGACGAGGAGUUCAAGUCCCUGACGGUGGACAUCGACAACUCCAUCGACCAGCUGAACCAGCUCAUCAUGGACCUGGACCCCACCUUCAUGCCCGUCUCGUCCCGCUCCGGCUCGGUCAAGAGGAACGGGGGCGUGGGGAACGCCUCGGACGCCAAGUAUUCCAACGGCAACGGCACCGAUCGGAGACUUCACAGUAAAAGCGUGACCUCCCUGCAUCACACGCAGCAGACAGAGGCUCUGCGGAGUGUGAGCCGCCAGGGGGGAGACGCUGCGGACCCCCCAGGGUACUGCAGCUCGGGCUGGGUCAGCUCGGAGGAGUUCAGGGGGCCCCGCACCUACUCCCCCAGCCUGCCCCCCACCCAGCAUGCCAUGCUGUGCAGGAGCGACAGCGUGGACUACAGGGCCCAGGGGCCCGACAUGGACAGCGGGAUCGAGGCCGGGAGUGACAUCGCCCCGCCCACUCCCUCCUUCCCCAUCUCUCCGCCCACACCUUAUGUGAAAAACAUGUCGGAGUUCACUCAGUUCAGACAGGCGUCCUACGGAGUAUACAGGCCCGAGCACGAGAUUCGUGAAUACUCGGACAGCGUCGGCCACAUCGGACUCGUCAACGAGGGGGACGCCCCCGUCAGCUGUCACAGGUUGCUUAGCAACUCCCGCUCCAACAGUAUCAGCGGGAAAAUGCAUCGGGGCGACAGCCAAUCCACGGGCCAGUCCUGGCCCGAGCACCCGGCCCUGAGCCGCCACACCUCCCUGAGCAGCUACCCCUCCGCCAAGCAGCCCCCGCAGCACAGCAUGUCGGUGGACUACGCCCAGCACUCGCCCCCCUCCCCCUCGCCCCACCCGGGCCCCAACGCCCACAGCUCGCCGCAGAGCGCCCAGCGGAGCCGCCUGGCGUGCUACGCCCUCAGCCGCGGCCCCCGCCGGCACCUCUUCGACGGUGAGCAGGACGUCCCGACCCGGACGGGCUACGGCGGCGGCGGCGGCGGCGGCGGCGGCGGCGGCGGCACCAAUGGGUGCCUCGACCGCAACCUCCUGACCUCCCUGGACGGCGGCGACGGCGGCGGCGGUCACAGCGGGCUGGCCCACACGCUGCUGCAGCCGCCGCCGCCGCUGCUGCCCGAGAAGAAGCGGGCGUCGGACGGCGAGCUCUCCCUGGGCACGGCGUCGCCGGUGCCCAGCGGCUUCUCCAGCCCCCACAGCGGCAGCUCCCUGAGCAUCCCCUUCCCCAACAGCCUCCCCGACCUCUCCCUGCAGACCCAGGGCGUGGCCUCGCCCCUGCCAGAUGUGUUGUCCAGCCGGCUGGUGACGGUCAAGUUCGUGCAGGACACGUCAAAGUUCUGGUACAAGCCGGACAUCUCCAGGGACCAAGCUAUCUCUGUGCUGAAGGACCAGGAGGCAGGCUGCUUCAUCGUAAGGGACAGCCACUCCUUCAAAGGGGCCUACGGGCUGGCCAUGAAGGUGGCCACGCCCCCACCCUCCGUCCUACAGCAGAGUCGGAGAGGAGGGGAUCUCAAUGAGCUGGUGCGCCACUUUCUGAUCGAGUGUACACAGAAGGGCGUGAGGCUGAAGGGCUGCCCCAACGAGCCUUACUUCGGUACGGUAGUUUUAACUGCGUUGGUCUGCCAGCAUUCGAUCACACCACUGGCCCUACCCUGUAAACUCAUCAUUCCUGACAGAGACCCCCUGGAAGACGUGGUGGAGAGCACCUCCAACUCGGUCACCAACUCUGCUGCAGAGCUGCUGAAACAAGGAGCAGGUGAGCAUGCCUCUCUAGUCCACUCACGAUAGGUCACCACUCAGGCGUCAUGGCUGAUGAGUGAGUG